UCAGAUAAACUGUGUGUGGCUGCUCAGAAGCUGUGUAUUUGGUAGUAUGCAUCUCAUUACUCAGAGCCAUGCAGCAUGUGGGAUUGAUAUGACUGCCAGUUUUAAAGGGAUGAGGUUACAAAACCUGACCAAGCUGUGCCAUUCUUUGGGAACCUGGAAUCAUUUGGAAUACAGGAGUCACCGGCACAUUUCUACGCCAUGUCACUUGGGCCAGAAAACAUCAAGAGAGUGCCUGCAACUUGAAAAACCCGGAAGAUACAAAACAAAUCUCUUCACAAUCUUUUUGCAUGAUUCAGCAAUUAAAUUGUCCUUUGUGGUUUAUGAACUUCUUCUGGAAGGCCACAUAAAAAUCUGCAAUGGAGCAACUAUCAGAGCUUUCACAUGUCACUAUCCUCCUAGUGCUGGGACUAUGUACCCAUUGCUACUGUACAGAAAGAAUUUAUAGUCGGAUUGGCAACAUACUCAGUAAUAAUGGAAAUCAAGUAUUCGGGGAAGACAGGCAUCCUGCAGCAGACCUGAAGCAAACCUUGAUGUUGGCAUUUAUGCCAGAGAAAAGUUGCCAUGUUCAACUGGAAAAUAAUUUUGGAACAUUUUCUCCCCCCAUGUAUUCCGGUAAUGUAAACCUUUGGUGUAACUGGACUAUUGUAGCAGGCCCUGGGAAACACGUAGUUGUUUACAUCAAGGGAUUCCAGGCCGAUGCAAGCUGCGAUGAGAAUUGGGAUGAAAUCAUUUUCGAAGGUGUAUCUUCAACAGUAGAAACCAAUGUGGUGUACGCUUGCUGGAAUAAGAACACCCAUGUAUUCGCAGCCCAGGCAACAGCAGUACAUGUUGUGUUUUUCUGGCUAAGUUUUUCCCAUGUCCGUUCAAAGAAAUAUUUUGAAGGCAGUUAUUACAUUUUUGAGGACCCUGUCACCAGUGCCUGGGCACCGGAUAAGCCAGUUAUCAAGACCACAUCCAUGCCAGCUGUGUAUUCUUCUGGAAAAUUGAAACAGACUUCAGAUACACCUGCCCUUUAUUCAACUGUGUUUCCAUCUGAUUUCAAGCAAACAAAAGACAAGGGCAGUAUUUUUACCACCAAGAGAAUUAAACUCUCUGAAAAACAGAAAGAGAGAGAAACAGAGACCUCAAGGGAACGCAAAAUAACUAGCUCGGCACCACCCACAGGGAUCACAUUUAUUAACGGCUUACUGAGAAACGUUAAGAAAACCUUUAUGGCACAGCACAAGGACAUUUUAUUAUACAGGAACACAAGUCAGCAGAUAGAAGAGGACAUAGAAAUGAGGUCCCUGGCUGGUGUGCAACCAGGAAGCACAGAUAAUGAAGAAGCUUCUUCAAAGUUUCUCUACUUGUUUUCAUCCAAGGAGCCCACAUUAGUUAGAGACACAACAAAACCCUCUUUGCAGUCAAAUAUGGAGAGCAAAGUUGUCCAGUCCCUGUCAUUUGCUCCAAGUUCUGCUGAUACUCUUGGCCAAAUAUCAUCCUUUACAAAGGAAAUUGGUCGAACACAAGAACAAGUCUCAGAAAUGAUCACUAUGGUUCCCACAAUACCCAGCUUUAUAACACCCACAGACGUCACAUAUGAAAAGAGUUUACUAAGUGAAAUUAAUAAUACUUUCAUGUCACAGAGUGAUGGAAUUCCAUCAUACUGGAAAGGAAGUCAGCAAGUAGAAGGGAUUCUCAAGGAUAUUAGGUCCCUGGAUGGUAUACAAUCAGCAAGCAUUAAUCAAAUAGAAACUCUAUUAUCUACAGCCAAUGAACAGGAACACACAUUAGCUGGACACAUACUACAUCACACUUUGCAGCCAAGUAUUGAAAGUACAUUAAGCCAGGCCCUCUUAUUUGCUUCAAGUCCUACUGAUACUCUUGUCCAAAUAGCAUCCCUUAAAAAGGAAACUGAUCAAACACUAGAACAAGAUUCGGAGUUGAUGAUUAUGGUACCCACAAUACCCAGCUUUACAACACCCACAGAGGUCACAUAUGAAGACAGUUUACCAAGAAAAAUCAAAAAUAACUUCAUGUCAAUGAGCCAUGGCAUUCCAUCGCACUGGAAAGGAAUUCAACAAACAGAAAAGGUGAAUGGAUUACAAUCAGCAAGAAUAGAUCAAAAAGAAACUUUGUCAAAGUCUCUCUACCUGUCUACAGUGAGCGAACAGAAACACACAAUGGCCGGACACUUACUACAACAAACUUUUCAGUCAAAUAUCGAAAGUUUAUUUGGUCAGGCCCAGUUAUUUGCUCCAAGUUCUUUUGCAUCAUCCUAUGACCAAGAACAUAGUCAAACACAAGAAGUAGCCUCUAUCCUGAUGUCUUUAGGAUCCAAAAUAUUCAGUUCUGUAACACCUACAGAGGUCGCAUUUGACAGAGAAUUAAGAUUUUAUACUAAAACUACAUUAAUGCCACAGAGCGAAGAAAUGUCAUCCCACUGGAGUGGAAGUGAGCUGUUAAAUGAGCUGAACAUGAACAUGAGGUCUCAGGGUGGUGUGCAAGAAAGUCUUCCACAAUAUCUCUACAUGUCUAUAUCUAGUGAACAAGAACAUGUAUUACCUGGAGAUACAGCACAACCCUUCCUGCAGUCAAGUAUUUACAGCUCAGUUGUUCAGUCCCUGUCAUUUUCUCCAGAUUUUAUUGGUAGUCAAUCAUUGAAACUUGAUCUAAGCUUUACUGAUGCUCCAGUUCAAAUAGCCCACUUAGAAGAGAAGGAAUCAAUCAUGAUGACUUUAGAAUGUCUGGCUUCAAGCAGUCAGGAGCUUGCUGAGCUUGUUUUAAAUCCCUCAAAAAGCUUGGAAUUCCAUGGAAAAACUCCAUGGUUCUCUGAAAUAUUCCAAAUAGAAUCUGUGAUGGCUAUAGAGGAAUAUAUAAAAUUACCAUCAUCCCCCCAAAAAACACUGUAUUUUAGUGAUUGGUCAGUAGGAUCUAAAAGGUUGACUGAAGUUACUAAAUCUGCAGUUGGUUUUUCAACAUGGUGGGCAGUUUCCAGCACAGAAGAACUCUUAGCAUCUCACUCUAGAAUUGUAGCAGAAAUGGAAUUCGACAAGAUAUCCCAAUAUAAAGCUGGUGUUGGACAUCCUCACUUGACUACCAGUCCUCUAGAAAACACUCAGUCUGUAGCUUCUUCUAUGGUUUCAUCUAAAUCAAAUUUCGCGUUAAGUUCUCAGUUUACUAGUUCUGUAAAUGCCAAAGCUUUAGACUCAGUAUUUACUGAUUCAUUUCAAAUGGAUUAUCCUCCACAAGACAUUCAUAAUGCAUUUUCAGAUCUUCAGAAACUGCUUGAUACAUUAUCUGAUUCUCCAUAUUCUGCUCUAGUGGCCAGCCAUAUAUCUCCAGACCAUGGACAUGGAUAUAAUGAUCAGCCUAGUCAGAUGGUUGGUACAGAAUAUAUUCAUAACCACUUGGUACCAUCUGGUGAAUCCAGCUUUGGGGAGUCACUCAGAGAGGCAACUUUGCUGAUAGCCUCUGCCACAGAGGAAACAAAGCCUGAGUACUUCACACAAGAUAUACAAUUACCAGAUAAGCAGAAGGUGGAGAUGCAAAUUUCUAAUGUAGCCUUGUCUACUGCAAUGCCAAAGAUGAGUAGUUUCCUAUCAGAUAGCAUUGAACAGGCUAGUGUGCCCACCCAUUUAUCCCAGAUAUAUGAAUCACAACCAAGACCCAGAGGACACACAACUGUGUAUCAGGAGACACCAAUAACUGCGUUCACUGCGAUUGUGGAAGCGGAGAUACAAAGCACUUACCCGUAUCAGCCAUUUUUUGAUUUUGAUUAUAUCCCAUCGGAUCGACCAAGGGCUGCUAAUAUUGACAUAUUGGAUAUGGCCACAUCUUUUGGAAAUAAUGGGAAUAAAACAAACCUGGGAUUUCUACAUUUUCCAGGAGAACGUUUGUUUGCUAUUACUGCUGAAGUUCAACACGAUGAGCUUUUGCCACUGGGACUAGAAACCUAUGUGUUUCAAUUAGUACAAGAAGAGUUACCAGAAGCAACCUUCUUCCUGCCAGUGGGGAAAUGGGGAGAGGGCAACCACACAACAAACAAUAACACAAUGCUGAGUUUCUGGCUACACCUAAAACGAGGUGGAAGAGACAUGGAAAAUGUUACAGAAAACCAUCUAAAGGCCCUUGUAAACUCAUCUCUUGGGAAACUUAAUGCCACCAUGGUGUCCUUCUCAGCUGAAGAUGUGAAUGAAUGUCAGAUGGAAAUCCAUCAAUGUGAUAUUCAAGCUGAUUGUACCAAUGAAAAUGGGACAUAUUCCUGCCAUUGUAAGGAUGGCUACAAAGAUGAUUCUCUUGCAGCGCUGGGCAUUGUUUGUAUUAAAUCCCAGAAUUCAGUUCUUCGCCUUCUCUAUAUUCAGCUGGAGGUUUGGCUAGGCACCACAGUAGCUGUAGCUGUUGUCUUUUUCAUUAUCUUCACUAUUCUAUGUACGCUGCUACAAAACAGACAUCCCAAGGGUAACUCCAGCCUCAGAGAAGCAGAUCCAGCAAUUUCUCAGCUGGGAAGAAUUCCUUUAGACCCUUCUCCACAGAGAGAAAUGGGUUACAUUCUAUCAACAAACCCCCAACACAUGUCUCUUCAAUUCGCCCCUGACCGGCAUACAGGAAGAGAAGGUCCUGGAACACUUGAAAUGAUGAAAAUCACUGUUGAACAAACUGCAUGUUAAUUCUACUCAUUUUUUUUUCAUGCUGCACUGAUCACACUGUGUGUUAUGUAUGCAAUGAGUUACCAUCAAUAAAGAUUGGUUGCUUGUGCUAAC